AUGCCUUUGAAAUAUAAAUUUUAUCAUUUGUUUGCUAUCUCACCAGCUGCAGAAAUAACUGUUCAGCCAACUGUGGAAGAGGCCUCUGACAACUGCACUCAAGAAUGUCUCAUCUUGGGCCAUUCUGAUGCCUGCUGGAUGCCUGCUACUCUGACCCAUUCCAGCCCUUCACAGGCACAGGCCUCUGCUCGCCGCCACAGCCCUCCGGUGACACAGACCACUGCCCUCUGUCACAGCCCUCCGGUGACACAGGCUAUUGCACUGUGCCAUAGCCCUCCACCAGCACAGGCCUCUGCUCUCCACCACAGUCCGCCUCUAGCACAGGCUGCUGCUCUUCGCCACAGCCCCCCACCAGCACAGGCCUCAGCCCACCACUACAGCCCUCCUCUCCCACAGGCUGCUGCUCUCUAUCGCAGCCCUGCACAGCCACCAAUGGGUGUGCAGCAAGGUUGGGGAAAAAGUGCUGGACCUGAUGGACUACUUUCUCUUGAUCAGGGAGUGCAAGGUAGUACAAGAUCUCAGUUUUACACCAUGUCUGAAAGACUUCAUCCUAGUGAUGAUUCAAUUAAAGUCAUUGCCCUGACAACCUUCACUCCAGGCCAGCAGGUCAGACCUUCUAGGGGUGAUUCCCCCAUUAUGGAAGAACAUCCCUUAUAAAUCUACAACUUCUUCACAUUUUCCAACAGGAUGUAUAUAGUUACAGUUUAAGAUCCAAUUUCAAUGAAUAUUCCAAAUUGUUAGGUUUGUAAAUUGCUAUGUAAAUAGAAACAGAUACUACAAUAAAGUCUAGAGCUAGACCCUUAGUCACAAGCUAAAAAUAAAUUUACAACAUGCUUAAUUCAGGGUGUGUAUUAAAAAAGAAAUGAAAUUGAAAAAUUCACACCCCUCUGUACAGAAAGGCUUAUCAUGACAGAUAUUAAUAUGUACUAUAUAUUAUUUCCAAUGCACUGUAAAUUUUUCAUUUAUUUUUACCAACAUGUGCAAUAUUACUGAUUUUUUUCCAUUCUAAUUUUUGUGGACCCAGUACGUAGCAAAUGGAAAACUAACAGAUAUCUGAUUUUCCUAAAGUACCUUUAGUUUUUCUAAACUUUUGUUCAGAUAAUAUUAGCAGGUAUAAUUACUUUACAGUGGCAUUUUUGUUUGUCCUUUUGUUUGAUAUUUGUUUGCUGUUUCUCCACUUUUUUGUUGUGAGUGUUUAUACAGAAAUGCACAGUAGGGACUGUAAAUAUAUAUUUUGUCUCUAUUUUUUAUGUUUUCUACCUUUAUUUCAAGAAUAUAUUAUUAAAUAAUUUGUGUAUACCUUUCCAGUGAAGAACAUAUAUAAACUGUACAGAUUUAUGUCUAUAACCUAUUUCUCUACUCUUUAGUAGAGUUCGAGACACUGAAGUGCAAUAACUGUGCCCAAAUUAGGCAACUAUUUGCUAAAAAGGGCCUCUUUUUUUAAAUUUACCUUUGUAGUUUAGAAUAAAGUGCAUUAGAAGUCAUAUUGUAUCUGCCAUUUUAAGCCUUAAUUCCAUUAUUCAUUGGGUCUUUAUCUUCUGAAAUUUGUAUAUAACAGCCUAGAAAAAUCACAAGGAAGGUAUAAAUAUAUUCAAUGCAUGAUUCAUUUACAGCUAUUACUGUAAAUUGCUGUUUUCUAGAGAAUAUCAAGAUUAUGUAAAUGUUGAUUGGACAGCUGAUAGGCUGAUACCAAAAGAUGUUUAGUAAAAAGAAUAAACAAAUAAAUAUAACUGUACAUAAAACCACAUACUAAACCUAAAUGACUAAGGGACUCUUGCCAUUCUAGCUCAAUUUACUGAAGAAAUUCACUGAUAAGAUGAAAGUCAGGAAGGCACUUUUCAAGAGAUGUGAUUACAAAUCUACAUCAAACAUGUUACAGUAUAGAAUUCUAAGGAGAUGUGCAGAGGGAGAAAUGAGGUUCAUGACUGCUUGUUGGGGUAGAUAAGAACUACCCUAAUAAUACAAAAAAAACCCCAACAAGAUCUCAUAUAUGAAACAAAACAUGUCCUUCUAAGUAAAGAAUAUAGCAGUAUUCCUAGGAAACAUUAGUUUCCUUCCAUUGUCUGUUCUUUGUUUUCUUUUUUGUCCUAAAUGGCCAUGAUUGUCUAUGUGCACAUUUCAUCAGUUUACAGAAACACCACCAACUUAAUUUUUCUCCUUUGCAAAAAUGAGAAAAUGUCUUAUUUCAGUAUUACACUAAACCAAGAGACAAUUGAUGUUUGUUUUAGCUGGGGCGGUGGGGAGUGAAUAUUUCUUCUUGAUUACAUUAGAUGUAGACUUCAUAAUAUGUAACUUGGAGAUAUGUAAUUUGUGAUUAAGCCGUGUGUAAAUGUUGUAAUAUAAACUGUGGUUAAUGUGUAAUUUCAUUGGUGAAGGUUUCUGCUGAAUGUUGAGAAAGCUUCUCUUUAUGUGCCCAGCAGGUUACGUAGCUUUUGAGGAUAUAUUGCUCCCAUUGUGAAGUUCUUUCAGUCUUUGAUUUGGUGUGGAGAAUAACUUCUUAACUUCUAACUCCUAGAGUUUAAUUAGUGACAUUUUAAGUUGAUUAAUAAGUGACAUUGAUUUUUUUUCUCCUUUGUGUUUGUUAAUGGUAUUCCAAGUGCACUUGAAUCCUGAAGAUCAGAUGAUGUUUGCAAGUUUGUUGAAAUAUGACUGUGUACAUGUGUUUAUAUUGUCAUUUCUAUUGUUAAUGAUGAAGAUUUUAAACCUGGGAAAGAUAAAAAACCAAAAAAACAGAGGAAUGAUGAAAUCAGUGCUUCCAGUAGGUUUUAGAAUGCUUUUUCUCUAAAAACUUGCAAAGAUAAUGUGAGUGAGAAUGUUUUCUUCUGUUUCAGUUAUUUCCACAUUUUUCCACUCCACGUUUUUAGUUAAAGUCUGCACACAAGAAAAUAAAUAAAAAGGAGAAAGAAAUAUUACUAAAUUGUGUGUCAGAAAUAUGAAUGGUUAUUAUCUGUGUUAGUGAAAAUCAAAAUAGGAACCAAAGUUAGAUAUUUGGCAAUUUUUUUUCUGAUAGUGUGAUUUAUUGAGUUAUAAGGGUGGCUCGUGUCUAAAAAUUCAUGAAGUUUUGAUACCUUUCCUAGAGCUAUAGGAAUGAACAAAUAUGCUUUUGUUGCCCUUUCUAAUUCUGAUUUUACAGUCAGAUUUAGAUUGUGUUCAUGAUAUUGAAUGACUGGGCACCCUUUUCUGGAUUUGUACCAGAGAGGUUUUGAAUGGAAGCAGGCUAGAAGUAGCCAAAGAGUCAAGGGAGGUGAGCCCAGUUAUUCUCCCCUGUGCAUUCUCUUUCUAAGCUUCCACUAGGUCUGGUCUUGGCAACCUGAAAAAUCCAAGGCUUCAGAUCUGAUGAGAUCUUUCUCAUCACACUGCAAAUUCUUUGAACUGAUGGACAGAGCAAUAGGUUGACAAAGCUCACAGGUGGCUCUUCUGAUAUGCAAAAAAUUGAGUCCUGAACCUACAAAAAUCUUAUUUUAUCAAUUCAAAAAUAUUUCCCUUCAAAAAAGAAAAAAUUAGGUUCAUUUAAAAUCUGAACUUCAAACUGAAUGAAAAUUAUGAUAAUAGUAUGUUCAGUCAGACUGGUUAUUCUAUUUUGUGGUCAUGUUGAAUUACAUGUGAUUAUUAAUUUACUAGCUAUAGCAUUAAUAUACCACAUUUGUAAGUAUGUAUUCAAGCACUGUGUUUCUUGUAUGUUAACUGCAUACCCACUGUUUUCUUGAACUUUAUCUUCAAGUUUCAGCUAAUAUUGUAUUUAAAACAAACUUACAUAUAAUACAAACAAUGUGAUAAAUUUAGAGAGUACAUUUCGUGUAGUCUUGUUUUAGUUAGUUAACAUUCUGUUUUUAGUAAUAUAAAUUGGUUAGAAAAAAAUGGUUGUUAAAUGAUUAGUGCUAUUGUAUACUGGCGACAGUUAUGACGAGUGCCUUCCCAAACUAAUAUUUGUCACACACUUUCAUUAAAAUCAAGAAAAAUAGACUAAAAAAUUAAAUAUUGAGCAAUCCUUAAGAUGUAAUGAUACCACAUACACACAAAUACUUUUCAGUCAUUGGAAAAUUAAGUUUUACCCACAUGUAUAUUUCAACAUUAAUUUUUUUGUUGUUUUACAUUAAGGCUGAAUGUGCAUAUACCUCCUCCUGUACAUUUAUGAACAUCUACUUGUUUAGGCUCUCCUUUUUUUUUUAACACUCUUCUGACUUAUAUUUUUCAGUAUGGUUAUCAUUUCCUCCCCUCAUAUUUAUUCCAAACCGAAUUUAUAGUCAUGUUUAAACUUUCUAGCACAAUCAUUAGACACUAUUUUGGCUAUCUUCAACUGGUAAAAUUACCCUGAAAAACCUGGGAUCAAGAGAAGCUGAACUAUAUUUGGACAGGAACCCAUUUGUAUUACGUGGCAAGUACCACACCAGAGCAAUUUUAUGCAGAGGCCUUAAAAUAUUCAUUCGUAGUAGCUUUCUUACACUAACCAUCUGUGUGCUUUCAGUAAAUGUAAUUUUUUAAAGCAGUGCAAAUUGACAACAGCAGAGUAGUAAUGAAAAGACUACUCGGAAAAAUGUGUGUGCACAAAUGAAAAAAAACAAUGAAGGCAAUUGUUUAGUGAUUGUAUGUGAUACUUUUAGAAAUAAAAUGUGUGAAAUUUAUGCUAUCCCUCCUUAAAAUACCUGGAAUUUAAUGAAAUAUGUAUUUACUUUUGUAUUUUGGGAAGAUUCCUCCUCUGUGACAUCAUACAGCAUCUGAAAAUGAACAGCAUCCCAAAGCAGCUCUGCUUUGGCAGUGAGAAGACUGGAUAUUGUGUAGUCCAGGAUGGCAGUAUGUAGUCCAGUGGCAAAUGUGUAUUAAUUGUUCUAUUUCAGGUUCUGUAUUGCAUGUUUUCUUAUUCAUUAAUAUAAGUAUUAAUAAAGUUAUGAGAA